AUGACCCCCUCGACACCCAUCAUAUCCCUCGUAUCAGACGAUGACAGCGACGACGAUAUCGUCUGCACGGGCAUGACCCCGCGCCGCCGCCGCCAGCCGCUCACGCCGCGCCGCCGCACUACUCGCCCAGCACAGCCCAAGCACCGCGUGACCGUCGUCGACAGCGACGACGACGACGACCUCGUCUCGUCGUUCCGCGCCCUGGCUAUCCCGGAUGUGGAGUACCUCGGCGCCAACCACUCCCCUGCGCGCUCGCGCCCAGGACCCCGGGGCAAGAAGCGCGCGUCGCCGCUGGCUGCAGCACCAGACAACACCGCGAUCAUCGACUUUGCAUACUUCCCACACCUGCUCGACCGGAUCAUCGAGUGCUCGCCCCAUGCUGCCAUUCGCCUCCGCGCAGCCUCGAGCUGGAUGUGCGGUUACAUCGACGCGAAGAUCUUUGCUCAUGUGGUCAUCUCGCCGCGCAAGCCAUCCGCAGCAUACGAGGCGGCCGGCAGCCUGUCGUCUGGCAGUGACUCGAGUCUCUUCUACUUCACUUCGGGCCUUGCCCUGGGCAUCAACCUCCCAGGCUUUGGCACACAACAGGCUCGCUGGUGGAAGGACCGCGAGACCUUUGUUCGCGAGCAUGGGAAACGGCUACAUCAGGACCGCUUCAAGAGUCUCACCGACAAGAAGUCGUUUGACUUCCAGCGGCACUUUGGCUCCAGGCUUGAGGCACCGCGCGACCCCCUCGAUCUGCUUGCCAUGCGCAUUGCGCUCUAUCGGAUCGACUUCCGCGUCAACGACAGACUGCUUGCACUUCUCAAGCGCGUGAAGACGCUCGAUAUCCACGGCAUGGGCACAUACUCGGCCCCCAAAGGAACUUUCCUUGCGUGGAUUACUCGGGUCUUGUCCCCCCAGACGCUGCGCAUCUUCCCCGACGAGCAUGGGCUUUACUACGACUCGCGAGUGUCGUUCUCAGCGAGAAACAUUGUCGUCUUCCCGUCGGGUCAUGCGGUUGAAGCGAGCAAGAGAUUCAAGACCCUCCCCGCUGCUGUUCAAAACCUUGCCAAGGGUGCGCACCAAUUCCGCCAACUCGCAGCUUCCUUUAGCAAUAUCCCAGUUCGCACUCGCGGGGUGCUUCAGCCACCCGAGCGCGUCAUCUUCCACGUCAAACUAGGUGUCCUCAACAAGACUCAACUCUUCCCGCUCCUCCUUGGUGGUAACAAGUCUGUCGCGAACGACGCUCCCAAGUUCCGACUCGAGAACACCGUGGGAGUGUACCUCUUCAGUGAAGCUGCCCCCAACCUCCACGACGACGAGGUGGCAAGCGCGAAAAAGUGCAUCCACCGCCACGUCCAGGGCGGCACAACCGUCCGUCCUAAAUGGGAGCAGCUCGCGUCGCAUCUCGCCCUCGCCAUCUUUCGCGGCCUCAAGUGCGUCCUCGUCGACUAUGAUCUCGUGGAUCAAAUCUGGCUCGAUUUUGAGCCGGACACGACUGCAGAGCUCGGGCUGAAGCGCAUCACCGAGGCCGUGACGCGCAGCCUGCAGGACGGCUCGCAUUCCCAGACGGUCGCAGCCAACAUGGCGACGCUGGUGGCCAACCUGCUCGCGCUCACACCCAACGCGCAAGUCGACCCUGCCCCUCCGACAAUGACUCGUGACGAUGCGACAAAGGCGGUCGGGGAGAGACUCAUCUGCAUCAGCGGGAAGGACUACAAGCAGCGUCUUUCGCCUGUUGAGUUUGAGGCUGCUCGAAUUCCAGAUACGUACGCCGAGUUCAUGCGUCUUGCUCGCGAGACCGACCGCCAUGCGAACAAUGCUGUAUUCGAAUGGGUGCUGCGAUCGAACGAAGGUUGUGUUGUGGCGUAG